CAUGUGAGUUUGUGUAGUGUUCAGACAUACAUUUUUAAUUAGGUGUUUUUAGGUGAUAAUUUAUCAUAAAAACAUACCAUUUGCAUGAAGACGUCCGAAUUAUAAGUUGCUUUAUUGAAAGCUGAUGCUGUGUUAUAAAAUCAGGCACAAGUUAGUCUAAAAAUUACUUGAAGCAAAGAGAAUCACCGAAUCACUAUUUUGUUUACGUUUUAUCUGACCUUCCUCCGGGAAUGGAAAGGUGUAGUAGUGUAGCAGAACUAACGGUAACGUGUGUGCGUACCACUAUGUGAAAGAGAAAAGAGCAACAGUUGUUGGUGUUGCUCACGUUCAUUCAUGAAGACUAAAGUCAUUCAAAAGAUUUAGUCCGACAAAGCCAUUAUACCGUUGCAGUAUAGAGGAGUGUGAGGUACAAUGGGUUCUAUCAAAAUAUCAGUUGAUGCAGCACUUUGUACAGUUUUCUACGUAGCAUGUUUGUUUUACUCAUUUUACAAGAAUUAUGAGAUUAGCAAUGAUGGUCUCCAAAACUUCUACUACCUCGAGGAAGGCUGGUCAAUUUUCAAAGGCCGCCGUCGCGAUGAUUACGACUGGGAGUGGGAAAUCUACAAAAAAUUCGCUGUCGAUAACUCAUUAAUUUUCGUCUUUCAUGCAGUUUUCUUUGAAAUCAUUCGCAUUAAACGGUUCAAGCACAUUUCCUCGGCUUUAACUGUGUUUGGUUGCGGAGCGAUACUCUAUAUUUACGGAUUCAAAGUUCUGUUAAUUCUUCUACUACAAAACAUAACUUUCUACACAAUCAGCUCUUGGAGCGAAAGUAUUUACCUCCUGUGGAUCAAGGCAUUUGUGUGGAUAGCGGCCAUCAAUACGGUGAAAAUCUUAUAUUUUUACGAUCAAUUGAAUAUUUUGCUGGACAUUGAUAACGAUAAGCUGCUGGAGUUCAGUAUUAUUAUAUCAUGGAAUGUGAUAAAAUGCACGUGCUUUUGUUUGGAUAAAACUAAGUCGAAAGGCAGCAACGAACACUACCGUCUAGUUGAUCUACUGGGGUAUUCGUUUUACUAUCCUUUGCUUCUGUUCGGUCCGGUAAUAAUAUAUGAUCGGUUUAAAGAGUGUCGCAAAUUGAGUUGGCCGUUUGAGAGCAUAAAUACGCUCAAACGAAUUAAAACUUUAGCUUGGCGACUUUGUGUGUGCUACUUUUGGGCGCUUGUCAUGGAAACUGGUCAACAUUUUUUCUACAUUAACAUCAUCCAAUUAGAUUUAAAGUUGCUGCAACACACAAAUCUCUGGGUUUUAUAUGGACUGGGUUAUCUCAUGGGGCAAUUCUUCUACGUCAAGUACGUAAUAUUCUAUGGCAUCGGCAUUGCAUUCGGCAAUUUUGACGGUCUGGAGAUGCCACAAAAACCUAUUUGCAUAGGAAGGGUUCAUCUAUAUUCGGAUAUGUGGAAAUUCUUCGACCGCGGUCUAUAUGAGUUUUUGUUCAGAUACAUCUACACGCAACUCUGCACAACAACGUCGUGUGGAACAAGAAAAAUUUUGGCAAGUUCCAUUACCUUUGUAUUUAUCUACAUUUGGCAUGGUUUGUACACGUUCGUCCUGAUAUGGUCAGCGCUGAAUUGGAUUUGUAUUGUUUUGGAAGGCUUCGUUAAGAGCAUAUUCGGCAACAAUACUCGGAUAGGAGCACUCGUAGGAACACACGUGUUCAUUUUAUCAGUGUUGUCGAACUUUUUCUUCUUCGCUCGAGAGGAAGUAGGGUACAUUUACAUCAGAAGGACUUACUAUGAAAAUAUUAACAACUAUUUGGUGCUUUAUGCAGUAGCCUAUUGCUUUUACCGAACUGGAGAGUGGAUUAAAUCGAUCGAAGGGAAUCGAAGGAGCUCCUUGAAGAAAAGUUUUUGAAUU